AUGUUGUGUGCAAUUUCCGGAGAGGCCCCCCAGGAGCCAGUCGUCUCCCCCAAGAGCGGCAGCGUCUUUGAGAAGCGAUUGAUCGAAGCCUACAUUGCCGAGAAUGGCAAGGAUCCCGUGAAUGGGGAGGAGCUGUCCACCGAGGACUUGAUCCAGGUCCAGUCCCAGCGCGUCGUCCGACCCCGACCUCCUACCUUGACCUCCAUCCCGUCUCUGCUGAGCGUUUUCCAAGAGGAGUGGGAUGCGCUCGCCCUGGAGACCUACACCCUGCGACAGACCCUGGCCCAGACCCGACAGGAGUUGAGCACCGCGCUCUAUCAGCAUGACGCCGCCGUCCGUGUCAUCGCUCGACUGACCCAGGAACGGGACGAGGCCCGGGAUGCGCUGUCCAAGGUCUCGGUCGGGGCCAGCCGAGGCGCCGCCGCCGGGGGUGAGGCGAUGCAGGUGGAUGCGGCGGGAUUGCCCGAGGCCGUCCUGGCCCGGGUGGAGAGUACUCAGGCGUCCCUCUCGAAAACGCGCCGUAAGCGCGCAGUCCCCGAGGGCUGGGCAUCCGCCGACUCGAUCUCGGCCUACAAACCCCUGGAGACCACCGCGCCGCUGGUGCCGGGCGCCAAGGCAUUGGCGGUGCACGCGUCGGGCGACCUGGCCCUGAUUGGCGGGGCCGAGGGGGCGAUCGGAAUCUACUCGUUGUCGCAGAAGCAGGUGGUGCAGAACCUCCAGAUCGAUGGAACCGUCACCGCCGCGGUCUGGGCGGGCGACAAGGCCGUGGUGGCCUCGUCGACGGGCGCCGUGGCCGUCUACGAGAACGGCACGCGGACGGCCGCCUUUACCUCCCACGCCGGCGCUGCAACUGCCCUGGCAACGCAUGCGACGGGCGACAUUGUCGCGUCGGUGGGUGCCGACAAGAGCUACGUGCUGUACGACCUCACAACGAAUGCCGCCGUGACUCAGGUCUUUACCGAUGCCUCCCUCCUCUCGGUGCAGUUCCAUCCCGAUGGACAUCUCAUCGCCGCAGGUGGCGUCGACGGCCAGAUCAAGAUCUUCGACGUCAAGACGGGCACCGCGGCCGCCAACUACGCCAUGUCCGGUCCGGUCAAGGCCCUGUUCUUUUCCGAAAACGGGACCUUCCUCGCCUCGGUGGCGGACCGAUCCACGGUGGUCUCGAUCUGGGAUCUGCGACACUCGCAGGAGGUCAAAGCGCUGGACACGGGCAGCCAGGUGGACUCGAUCAGCUGGGACUACACGGGCCAGUUCCUGCUGACUGGUGGGCCCAGCGGGGUCACGGUGCAACAGUACUCCAAGAGCAGCAAGAGCUGGUCGGAGCCCCUGCGGAGUGCCGUGCCUGCUGUGGCGGCGACCUGGGGUGCGGCCGCGCAGCGCAUCGUGGCGCUGAACGGCGACGGCGGCCUCACGGUGGUGGGCGCUGCAUAGUCGAUGAGAGGAUCGGAC